AAAAAAAGAGAAACCCCGGACUGGCGACCCCUCCUCUCACCCCUUCUCCCACCACUCCGAGUUCCCGGUUUCUCACAUAUUCAAUGGCUUCGACACUGUCCACUCGCGCGGUCAGGACGCUCUCCGGCCCCGCGUGCCGCACCCUCGCUCGUCCCAGCGCGAUCGAAUCCGCUCUCCUUCCGCGGCGAGCCUUGUCGACAUCCACGGAGGAGGCGCCUGCCAGCCAGCAAGAUCGGCCGCGGUGGUCCUACACGCCCGAGCGUGCAAAAGCCCCCUUCAGUCUGCGCAUUGAUUCCAAACGCCCGGCCUGGAACUCCAACUCCGACCCUAGGAUCCUCGAUCGGUUCUACAUCGGCCUGCUCGGCCCUGACGGGGACAAGCUCCUAUCGGACGAGGUCAAAUGGCUGGCCGUGACGCACAAGAGUUUUGAUCAGGGACGGAGAGGUUACAAUGAUCGUCUGGCUUUCUUGGGCAAACGGAUUGUCAAACUACAGGCUUCGCUGGCCCUGGUGCAGGGUCCGGCUCCCAGUGCCCCGACUCCGGACGCCUAUGGCCGCGUGCCCUUCAGCCAUCCCGAUCUGGAGGGCUUGAACAAUCUCUCCUAUAACAUCAAGAACUUCAUGACACACAAGGCCAAGAUGGCGCAAUUGGCAAACAAAUACUCACUCGCGAAGGUUCUGAGAUGGUCUCCUCGGCAGCCCCUCAACCUCCAGGCCUCCGGAUUGGAGCUCGUUCUCGCUCACACGAUGUACGCUAUUAUCGGCGCCAUCUCGCUGGAGAAGGGCGGCGACUUCGCCAACAAGGUGGCACGUGAGCGGAUACUCAAACCCCUGGGCUUUCAGCUCAAGGCAUGAAGAAGUCGGGGAGGCAGGACUGAAUUGAAUUCUUCGGGGCAAUUUUUCGCAGGGAGCAUACAAUUGCGUUUAUUUUUGUUUUUUUUUUUUUUUUGUUUUUUUUUUUUU